UGAAAUAAGAAACGGUACAAUAUAGUACUAAUAUGUCCUCUAUAAUUUCCUUGAAUUUAGGCAGAACAAUCAAACUCUUAACUCUUACUCCAGUUAUUUACUCUACCAUUUUUCAUGCAUAAACAAGAAUCGAAAUCGAUAAUUGAGCGGUAAAAUAUGGUGCAAUUUUCAGAGAAAUUCAGGGGAUUUUUGAACGAUCGAUGGCUAGUUUUUGUAGCUUCGAUGUGGGUUCAAUCUUGUUCUGGAAUUGGGUAUCUGUUUGGAAGCAUAUCUCCAGUGAUCAAGAGUGGUAUGGGUUAUAACCAGAGGCAAAUUGCCUUAUUGGGUGUAGCUAAGGAUUUGGGUGAUGCCAUUGGGUUUCUCGCUGGUAUUUUGUGUGAAGUUUUGCCUAUUUGGGCUGUUCUGUUUAUUGGGGUUGUUCAGAAUUUUGUUGGGUAUGGUGUUGUUUGGCUGAUUGUUGCUCACAAAUUGCCUGCUUUGCCUCUUUGGGUGCUUUGCGUUUUAAUAUUUAUUGGGACUAAUGGUGAGACAUACUUCAAUACAGGAGCCUUAGUUUCCUGUGUACAGAAUUUUCCUAAAAGCCGUGGUCCAAUAGUGGGGAUACUUAAAGGAUUUGCUGGGCUAAGUGGUGCAAUUUUGACACAAGUUUAUGCUAUGUUCAACUUUCCUGAUCAAGCAUCCCUUGUUUUCAUGGUUGCUGUUGGGCCAUCAAUUGUAAUUACCGCUGUGAUGUUCUUGGUUAGACCUGUAGGUGGUCACAAACAAGUUAGACCUUCAGAUCAUUCGAGCUUCCUAUUUAUCUACAGCAUUUGCGUUAUCCUGGCAGCUUAUCUGUUGGCAGUUUUGCUUCUUCAGGAUUUAAGCAGUCUAAAUGAGAAUGUGGUAAUCUUUUUGACAAUUGUCUUACUUAUUUUAAUAGUGCUUCCGAUUAUUAUUCCUAUUUUUUUGGUUUUCUUCUCUGAACCAAGGCCGGUUUUGGAGGAGAGCCUUCUUCCUGAGCCAGAGAAACAAGAAUCCUCUAGAAUGGGGAGUUUCAUUCUCAGCCUCAGCGAGGUAGAAGAUGAGAGGUCUUCUGAGGAAGACACACUCCCAUCAUCAGAAAGACAAAAGAGAAUUGCGCACUUGCAAGCUAAACUAUACCAAGCAGCAGCAGAAGGAGCAGUUAGAGUCAAGCGGAGAAAAGGUCCACGCAGAGGAGAGGAUUUCACUUUACUUCAGGCUCUAGUAAAGGCAGACUUUUGGCUUAUUUUUCUCUCCCUAGUUCUAGCAUCUGGUUCUGGUUUGACAGUGAUUGAUAAUCUGGGUCAGAUGUCUCAGUCGUUAGGUUAUUCUAACACCCACAUAUUUGUUUCAAUGAUAAGCAUUUGGAACUUUCUUGGUCGUGUUGCUGGUGGAUACUUCUCUGAGAAUAUAGUAAAAUACUAUGCAUACCCAAGACCUGUGGCAAUGGCUGCAGUUCAAGUUGUUAUGGCAUUUGCUCUUUUCUUCUAUGCUAUGGGGUGGCCUGGUUCAAUAUAUGUGGUUUCUGUGUUGAUAGGACUCUGCUAUGGAGCACACUGGGCUAUUGUACCAGCUGCAGUCUCAGAACUUUUUGGAUUGAAAAGCUUUGGUGCAUUGUAUAACUUCCUUACAUUGGCUAGUCCAGCUGGUUCACUGAUAUUUUCUGGUGUUAUUGCUAGUGGUAUAUAUGACUAUCAGGCAAAGCAGCAACAUGAACAUCGGAUUCAAAGUUCCGGACUGGGUCUGGGAGUACCUCUCGUUGUUAAGGAUGACUUUCUUACUUGUUAUGGUUCCAUAUGCUAUUCACUCACAAUGGGCAUCAUGUCAGGACUCUGCAUCAUUGCAUUUAUCUUGAGUAUGAUUGUUGUGCAUCGAACGAAGAGGGUUUAUGCACAACUCUAUGGCAAGCCUCUAGCUUGAAGGGUAUUCAACUUAAGACACUCUGCAGUUUAUAUCAUUCAAAUGUAUCCUCAUUCCUUGGCAGAUUACUCAAGCGAUUUUGAGGAAAGAGAAGGCAUCACAGAUAUAAUCUGCAUGUACACGCCCCCGGAAACUGAAGCCUUUGUCAUGUCUCUUUGUUUAUAAACUAUUUUAGAGUGUUCUUGACAAACACAAUUUUUAGAUUGCCAGUGAACCUUAUUAUUCCUUCAUGUAAUACAGUGUAUGAAGCCUUUUAAACAUAAAGUGUUUUUGUUUUGCUGGAGAUACCAGUCAUUUGUAAUUCUUGAUCAUAUGUUAUGAUCACUAUUUGUGGUACAAUGUUAAAUUUUUGAAGAAAUGGAGGAUGUGUUUGUUCUUUCA